CUGGUUCUUAGUCAUUUCCGUGUUCUGUUAGCUGCUCUAGAGCCGCUCAGCGCCAUCACCCAGUUCACCAGAUAUGUCUUCAUCAUGCCGUCAGGAUUUCUGUGGGAUCGACCGAAAGCUUUCCGUUUAUUUCAGAGGAGCGUGUUAGGAGUUGGUCAAACCAGCGAGGAAUUUUCCUGUGGAGAUAAUUUCGGAUUUGGAUCAAAUUAUGCGCCUGAUUUCGGUUGUUGUCGAGACCAAGGCCCGUCUGACGGAGAGAAGCGAGAGGAGGAGGCCGGGCUUUGUCACGUAGAGGGUUGUUACGUCACGAUGCUGCUGUUUCCUGCUAUCCUGCGACGGUUGCAGCACUUUGGAGCAGAAAGCGAUCCUCCAACCUGUCCGCCGGUCGUCAAAGCAUCACAACUCAGACAUGUUCCUCCAGGUUUUCCUGCUGAGUGUUGCUGUGACGGCUCCAGUUUCCGCCGCCAGCCGGAAGCUGCAGACCAACCUGACCUGCUUCAGGUCCUCGGAUCCAGCAGCCGCGAACGCCACGCAGCUCCACGGUAACCAUGACGACCAGAGGUUCCUGUGGACGAAGGAUCCAGAUUCCGCUCCUCUUCCUCAGUGCUCCUCUUCCUCCGUCUCCCCUCCUGCGUCCCGCUGUGAGGUCUGUCACCUCGGGCAGGUCUUCAUCAUCUGCGCCGACCUGCCGGAUGGAGCCGGUCUGUACCUGGAGCGACCCGGAGUCCCUUACCGGACCGAGCGGAGCGCCUGCCCGGUGCCGCCCGCUGCUGUUGAGCCUCACUCAGUUCCGGAUGAACCCAGACUGCCCCCUGCUGAUGAGAACACAAGAAAUCACUUUGCUGCUGUCGCCUCCCUGAUGCUCCUCAUCCUCAUCCUCAUCCUCACUGCGGUGGCUCUGUGCAGAGCUCAUGGGUCGCAGCAGGAUGGAACAGCGGAACCUCCACAUCAUCCAGAGAUGGUUUUGUCUAACCAGUGCGGGACGGAGAACAGACAGCUGAAUGUUUCAAAUGGACCGUGACUCGGUGAGUUCUGUAGGUUAUCACCAACUGUUUUCACAUUUCAACCCAGCAGACCCUCAGCAGAACCUCAGAGUGGCGUUAACUCAGUCUGCAUACCACCUCAAUGUUUCUGGGUUGGCAGAGGAUGAAGUUCUGGUUCCAACAGAACCGGGUCUACUGGACCAUUAGGUGUGAAAACGGCUUCAUUCUGAGGACGAGCUCAGGUCCAGAGACGUUCCUAGGAAGCAGAAGUGAUUCACAGUAGACACUGUGCAGCUCCUGCAGCUGCACUCUGUGAAUUCCUGGAGCCGCUUUUUGUUUGAACAUUACACCUUUAUUGUCUGACUUUUGAUUUAUUAAUUUUCUCACUAAUAACCUGAAUGUCUCUGUGUUCACAGGACCAAAACCUGGAGGAGCGACCGCUGGCCAAACUGCCCCAACUUUGAACAGAAAUCAGGUCAUCAAAUGAAGUUUUAUUAGAUGUCCCAAGGUGCCCUGCGACAGACUGGCGACCUG